AUGCCGGCCAUCAAAACAAACCUCCUCACUCUCUCCACCUUUCUCUUCCACCUUACCACCGCCACAAAGGAUGACCUGCACUACGUGAACCCGCUCAUCGGCUCCACCGCCGGCGGCAACGUCUUCGCCGGCGCCAGUCUGCCCUAUGGCCUCGCCAAGCCCGUUGCCGACGUCGACGGCCAAAACACGGGCGGCUUCUCGACGGAUGGCAGCAAUGUCACCGGCUUCUCGCAUAUGCAUGAUAGCGGGACAGGAGGGAACCCGUCUAUGGGCCAGUUCCCUCUUUUCCCGCAAUAUUGUCCCGAUAAUGUCGUGGAUAAUUGCAAGUUUGGGAAGACGGCUCGCGCGACGCAUUACGUUGGUGAUUCCGUUACGGCGCGGCCGGGGUACUUUGGUUUGGAGUUAGUCAAUGGGAUUAAGGCUGAGAUGACGGCUGCAAGGAGAACGGCUGUGUAUCGGUUUACGUUUCCUGACAGUCGUGCUGGGGAUGGGAGCAUGUUGGAUCCGAUGAUUUUGGUGGACUUGACGGAUCUAUGGGAUAGUCGGCAGAAUGCGAGUAUCAGUGUUGAUGCGGAUUCGGGCCGUGUGAUGGGGAAUGGGACCUUUUUGCCGAGUUUCGGGGCAGGGUCGUAUCGUGCUUAUUUCUGUGCUGACUUUGCUGGGGCCAAGGUUCGGGAUAGUGGGAUUUGGGUGAAUGAUCGUGCUGGGUCCGAGCCGAAGGAGUUGUUUGUUACGCGUGGGUUUAAUAACUUUUAUCUUCAGGCGGGUGGGUAUGUUACUUUUGCUCGUCCGGAUGAUGGAGUUGUUACGGCCAGAGUCGGGGUGAGUUAUGUCAGUUCUGAGCAGGCUUGUGCCAAUGCAGAGGCAGAGGUGUCGGAUCCAAUUAAGGACUUUGAGAGUCUUGAGAAAGCGGCAGCCACUGCUUGGAGCGAGAAGCUCAGUCCUAUCAAGGUAACCGCUGGUGGUGUGAGUGACGGUUUACUGAGCGCCUUUUGGAGUGGCAUCUAUCGGACUAUGCUUUCGCCUCAGGAUAUGACCGGGGAGAACCAUCUCUGGGAGAGCGACGAGCCAUAUUUCGAUUCCUUUUACUGCCUCUGGGAUGAAUUCAGGGCCCAGUUGCCACUAUUGACUAUCAUCGAUCCCCAGGCACAGUCCAAGAUGGUCCGUAGUCUGCUUGACACGUUCAAGCAUGAAGGCUGGUUACCUGACUGUCGCAUGUCUCUGUGCAAGGGCUGGACACAGGGCGGAUCUAAUGCAGACGUGGUUCUCACAGACGCCUAUGUGAAGAACCUGACCGGCAUCGACUGGGAGCUGGCAUACAAGGCCAUGGUCAACGACGCCGAAAACGAGCCCCUGGAGUGGUCCUACCAGGGACGUGGUGGUCUGCAAAGCUGGAAAAAGCUCAACUACAUCCCCUAUCUGGACUUUGACUACCUAGGAUUUGGAACCAACUCGCGCAGUAUAUCGAGAACUGUGGAGUAUGCAUAUAAUGACUACGGUAUUGCGGUUGUGGGCAAGAGCCUCGGCAAGAUGGGCUAUACCAAGUAUCUCUCUCGGGCGGGCAAUUGGAAGAACCUGUACAAAGCAGACCAGAAGUCAUUCCUGGAAAAUGGGACCGAUACGGGCUUUACGGGCUUCUUCCAGCCCAAGUAUCUUAAUGGUACUUGGGGCUUUCAAGAUCCGAUUGCCUGUAGUGCGUUGGCAUCGUGGUGCUCGUUGACCUCAAAUCCGUCGGAGACCUUUGAGUCGAGUAUCUGGGAGUAUCUUUUCUUCGUCCCUCACGACAUGGCAGGUCUGAUCAAGCUACUUGGAGGCCCAGACUCCUUCGUGAAACGACUAGACUACUUUCACACAUCUGGCUUGGCCGACAUCAGCAACGAGCCAGUCUUCUUGACGGUAUACGAGUACCACUAUGCAGGACGACCCGCUCUCUCCGCCGAACGAGCUCACAGCUACAUCCCCAGGACAUUCAACGCAUCUAACAACGGCCUACCUGGCAAUGAUGACUCCGGCGCAAUGGGCUCAUUCCUCGCGUGGAGCAUGAUGGGACUAUUCCCCAAUCCAGGCCAAAAUGUCUACCUCAUCAGCGCUCCAUUCUUUGAAGCAGUCGAGAUCACCCACCCAGAAACAAAUCGGACUGCCACAAUCCGAAACAUAAACUUCGAUCCCACCUAUCGGAGCAUCUACAUCCAAAGCGCCACACUCAAUGGAAAGCCGUACACAAAGAACUGGAUCGGCCAUGAGUUUUUCACACAGGGUUUGACGCUUGAGUUGACGCUCGGGGACCGGGAAAGUGAUUGGGGUACGAGUAAGGAGGAUUUACCGCCGAGUCUGAGCGAUGCAGUUGUCCAAGAUGAGUGGAUGCAGAUGCAGGAUGCAUGA